AUGGAGAGGGCAACGCCUGUUCGAAAGUCUCACACCUCCACUUCAGAUCUCCUCACCUGGACGGAGUCUCCGCCGUCCCAAGCUUCCUCCUCCGCCGACGUCUCUCGCCCCGCCGCCCGUCUUAACCAGCCAUCGGACGGAAUUGGUAAGGUGCUGUUUGGAGGUCAGAUCACCGAUGAGGAAGCUGAGAGCCUUAACAAAAGGAAGCCUUGUUCGGGCUAUAAGUUAAAGGAGAUGACGGGCAGCAAAAUAUUUGCUGCCAAUGGUGAAGAGGAGUCAACAGAAUCCGGAGCUUCUGAUGGUAACCCGACCAAUCGAACUUCAGUCCGCAUUGUCCAGCAAGCUGCAAACGGGAUUAGUCAGAUCUCAUUCAGCACUGAAGAAAAAAUCUCUCCUAAGAAACCGACCACAAUCCCUGAGGUGGCGAAACAGCGUGAGCUGAGUGGGACCUUGCAAAGCGAUUCGGACAGCAAAGCUAAAAAGCAGCUUUCGGAUGCUAAGUGCAAGGAACUCAGUGGGACCGACAUUUUUGGCCCACCUGCUGAGAUCCCUCCUCGCUCAUUAGCUGCUUCACGUACUCUUGAGACUAAAGAAAUCAAGGACAUGGGUGAACCCGCGCCACGUAGUGUCCGCACGUCUGUCAAAGUUUCUAACCCUGCUGGGGGGCACAGUAACAUAUUGUUCGGGGACGAGCCGGAGGUGAAGGCCACGAAGAAAAUCCAUAACCAGAAAUUUGCCGAGCUUAGUGGGAACAACAUUUUCAAAGGGGAUGUGGGCCAUGGGUCUGCCGAGAAGCCCCUGAGUGUGGCCAAGCUUAGAGAAAUGAGCGGCAGCGACAUUUUUGCAGAUGGGAAAGUCGAGGCCCGAGAUUGCUUGGGUGGGGUCCGGAAGCCGCCUGGCGGCGAAAGCACCAUUGCCUUAAUUUGA